AUGAAGAUUGAUUUGUCUGCCUUGUUAGCUGCCGGUGCUUGUCAACUUGCUUCGGCUGUUGUUCCUGAUCGCCAAUUUACCGUUAGUGUUGUUCCUUCACUCAACAGUCUUUAUAUGGCAUGUAAAGACCACUCUACUAGACGCAAUACUCAAUUUUGUCCUGAUCAAACUCAGUAUUCCUCUACAAUUGCGAUACCAAAAGAAGAUGAUGAGACUAAACUUGCAUAUUUAAUGACUGAUGACUCUCUUUCACCUGUUGGAUCUGCCUAUACUGGUAUUGAACUAGGAACAAACAACGAUUACUACUAUUGCUCUCCUUGUCAAAUUACUACUACUACUGUUGCUACUGUUACUACUACUGCUACUGCUCCACCUACAUGCGCAAACAAGAGCGUCAUUUAUGAUAAGAAAAACAAUGGUUAUAAGGAUGACUGCUGCAAGACAGAAGCUGAAUGUAGAGAUGAUUGUGUCAAGGGCAAAUGUACCUAA